AUGGCCUCCGAGUCAGUUUCUAGUUCGUGCUCGGAUGACUCGUCGUAUUACUCGUCCACGCGCAGCAGCAGCAGCAGCAGCGGCAGCGGCAGUGGCAGUUCUGCCACCUCCUCCGAGGAGGGCGUGGGAGACCGGGCGGUGACUCGGCGUUCGCCGUCACGGCGUAACGGUGGCGUUACUGCGGGCUCCGCGGCCGCCACCGCCACCGCCACGUCGGCGCCGUAUCCCGGUCUCCGCUCGUUGCAGCUGAACCCGGACCUUCGCUUUGAGCAGCCCGACUCCGGCUGCAUUGACAUACCGCAUGGCUCUGGGAGUGUCGUGCGCCGUGUCGUAACAAACUACUAUGAAUUUCCCGAGGGGCGUCACCGCGUCAUUGACUACUUCCGCACGGCCGUGGAAAUGUUCAUUGCCCAGGUUCGCCAAGAAUACAUGCGCCAGUACCAGCAGGGGCAAAAAAACGAGCGCACCAAGAUUCGAUUUAUAUGGCGAAAUAAAGGGGAAUUGGCGAUCUGCUUUGCGGCCUGCUGCGACAUGCUCAAACUUCUCUACGAUAGGCUUCGCCCAGGGCCAGACCGACCGAGCUGGGAGGGAUUUGUCGGCCAGCUUAUUCUCUUUUUGAUGGCGGAGUCCAGGAUACCGGCGACUGUGUUGACGGAGCAAACCUACAACACAAAGUUCCUUGAUUGGCGCAAAGGCGGCACCCGUUAUCAGGGCGGGCAGCUGACCUCAAACGUCCGCUUUCCCUCCGCAGAGGAACGUCGCAUAAAGAUUGAGACCUACCUACGCUCGGGGGCGGGCUACUGCAUAGAGUCAACGGGAGUGGACCUGCCACCAAUGGUUCGUCCCGCCGGCACGACGGUGAACAAAGCAGAGGCCACGCUGGUGAGACGAGACGCCACGCGAAGCGGCAGUGCACCGGAUGCCGGCACUCCGAUCCCUCCCCUUAUUGGAUUUCCACGUGGGCAAGCUCCAGUUAAGAUGCCAAGUAAAUCAAAUAUGAAAGCUCCACCGGCCCUUAUUGCUGGAAAACAAUGUGUAGACGAGUACAGGCACUUGCAGUGGCUCGCAAAACUUACACAGAUCACGGGCGGCUCUCCAACACUUGAAUUCCCGGAGGAGCGGUCUCACAUGAUACUGGCCUUUGUUCGCCUCUGCGAAACAUCUGAAAUGCCUGAUCACUUUGUAACAAUCAUGAACAUCUUGGUUAGAUCGAGCUUACCUAUUCAAAACGCAUUUGAAGGAGGUGGAGGCAUGGUGGUGUUGCGUCGAUUUGUUGGCACAUUGGUGCGGUUGAAGGAUGCUGGGGGCUUGAUAAACCUUGUGGAGCAAAUACUGCGGUUGAAACUGCCUUAUUGGAGCCACAGCAGCCAACAGUCAUGGCUUCGGGACCUGCUAGGGAACAGUGGCACCGACCUCCGAUGGUUGCGUGCCCUGGACAUGAUACCGGCAGAUAGGCAAGCUACCUGGAACUCGCUACUCUCGGCAUUGGAGCAGCGGUAUGUUUUGUCGGCCUCAAGAGAGGAAGAACAAGAGCGUGGGGCGAAACGUGCAAGAUUAGACACGGAAGAGGCGCUGCGGACGUCAAUGGCUGACAACGUCGGUGUCGGCAAGCUUGCACCCGACAUUUCCACGUCUCUUUGUGUCGCACUACCAGGCGAGUUCCGUGCCCCACCUCAGUCCUCAGACAUUGAGCAGGACACCAUUGCUCUGCUGAAUAAGAAGCUGCGGUUCUGCGAGGAGGCGCAAGUGACGUGGCGUGAGGCCAUCCUGAAGGCUCUUGAUGGCAGUUGCCCAGACCUGCCCAUCCCAUUGUGGUACGACCCGUACCAGUUGCUUGGAGUGGAUCCCUACCCUACCGCAUGA